CUCCGCCAACAUCCUGGCUGCUACCCAACCAGCCUCGACUGCAACUCCGAGUCUACGACAAACUACCUGCUACUAUGUUACUAGGUGCUAUAGUCACUGUCGGUAACCUAAGUUGGAGGUACCUCUAGGUAUACAAACGUUCCUCUUGCUCACUCUGACCUCUACCCUCUCUGCCUCCUUCUCCUCAGCUUUGCAACCUUCGUAUAUUCUUCUUCCAUUCGUCGCUUUUCUCUUUCUCCCAUCUGCGUUGUAUCGCUUGGAAUUCGUGCAUUGCAAGUUGGGCGUUGGGAAAAGAAGUCGAGCGAUUCAUUAUCUCUCCUUUUCCUUCCGUCUCUCAGUUCAUCACUUUGUGUGUUGCUCUGCUGUCCUCUGCUUUGCUGUUCUCCGGUUUCAAGUCCAGCUGCUCCCACCUCACCGCUGCCGCCUGCCAGCCCUGCGAGACUUCACCCUCCCGGCGCGACCCUUCUGCGACCGCCAUUAAUCACUGCACACCGUCUGCCAUCUUCAAGUCCAUCCUACCUUUCGAGUCUUGCAUUGUCAUCGUCUCCCCCUUCGUCGACGUUAGGCGCUCCUCUUGUUGGGUUGGCUUGUCAUCUUGAUAGCGGAUUGUCUCGACAUCUCAUUGACGAUAUUUCUUCUUCGCGGCCCGUUGCGCAGUUCCUGGGCGCAGUUGCUAUACAAUACAAAUACUUGUUUGGGCUGCAGCCUUUAUACCAAGACCUUGCCAUCGAGUCCAUUCACACACACCUGUGUCUUCUGUCCUCAGUUGUCGCAAAAGUUGCUUUUGUCAUCAUGACGGAAAACCUUCCUUCAACCGCCCUGCCACCGCCCCCUGUGUCGGCCCCGGCCCCCGACACUUCGGGUUAUGAUGCUUCUCAUGGCAGCAAUGGCCAUUCUGUCACUGCCAUGGGCCCUCCUCCACUACCACCCGUUGUCAUACCCGCGAACAACAACCCGGUACCAAGUCAAGUUGGGCCAGGCCCGGGUUCGGCGGGCGGAGUGGUUCGGAGAGCUGCACCCGAGCCCAACAAGAGAGCACUUUAUGUAGGUGGUCUCGAUCCUCGGGUGACGGAAGACGUCUUGAAACAGAUCUUUGAGACCACGGGCCAUGUGGUCAGUGUCAAGAUCAUCCCUGACAAGAACGCCCAAUUCAGUUCCAAGGGUUUCAAUUAUGGGUUUGUCGAAUAUGAUGAUCCGGGUGCCGCCGAGCGCGCAAUGACCACGUUGAACGGUCGACGAGUUCAUCAGGCCGAAAUUCGUGUGAACUGGGCUUACCAGUCCAACAGUACAAACAAAGAGGACACGUCUAACCACUUUCACAUUUUUGUUGGCGAUUUGAGUAACGAAGUCAAUGAUGAGGUUCUACUGCAAGCGUUUUCUGCCUUUGGUUCUGUUUCUGAAGCGCGCGUUAUGUGGGACAUGAAGACCGGUCGAUCGCGUGGCUAUGGAUUUGUCGCGUUCCGCGAGCGAGCGGAUGCUGAAAAGGCCCUCGCGUCCAUGGACGGCGAGUGGCUCGGCAGUCGGGCGAUCCGGGUCAACUGGGCGAACCAAAAGGGUCAGCCGUCCAUCUCUCAGCAACAAGCCAUGGCGGCAAUGGGCAUGAGCCCUACCACGCCUUUCGGUCAUCAUCAUUUUCCCACUCAGGGCAUCCAGUCUUACGAAAUGGUCGUCAAUCAAACUCCUGCCUGGCAGACCACUUGCUACGUUGGGAACCUGACACCAUAUACGACUCAAGCAGACCUUGUCCCACUGUUUCAGAAUUUCGGUUAUGUGGUGGAAACUCGAUUUCAGUCCGAUCGUGGGUUUGCUUUUAUCAAAAUGGACACACAUGAGAACGCAGCAAUGGCCAUCUGUCAGCUCUCAGGUUACAAUGUCAAUGGGCGACCUCUGAAAUGUUCCUGGGGGAAGGAUAGACCGCCAACUGGUCAAUUCGACACUUACUCACCGCAAACAUCGGUUGGUUCGGCCUCUACCCCUGGAGCCUAUAAUCCAGCGUCUCCUUACUUUCCACAAUACGGUGCGCCUGGGCCAAUCACCCCGCAAGGUCCAAGCCCUGCCGGCCGUGUCCCUUGGGAUUCUGGCCAUCUGGCAAGUCCCUACACCCCGUCCCCUCAAUCAGCAUAUGGCCAGGUUCUGCCCUCGGCUGGAGGCUACGGUCGUGGCCAGUCUGCACCAGGAGGGAUGUACCAACAACCUCCACCUUCAUUCGGGAAUAGUUACCAUGGGUACCAGGGAUGAUUACUGCCUGUCUGAAUGGCUAUUUGUUCCGAAUCAGACAUCAUUCUGAUCAGGUGGAACACUGUUUUCUCGAAGCUUACUGCACUGAAAAGCCAAGUUAUUGGCGGAUAGGGAUAUUUUGUCCAGCGAGCAUAGCUGUAAGGAGAAUUUGUCACUUUGCUAUCGAGUAACUUGUACUCAGCGAUCCAUAGGAUACCCCUGAAAGAGCGAUAUGAAUUUUCAGCAUGUGGUAUGAAUGCAAUCUUUUGCCUCUCUCUAAAGCCUGAGCACAGUUUGAGGCGAUUGUCGAGUAUACCUGUAGUUAUGCAAAUACCUGAUAUCACUCAAUCUUGCCACCGAGAUGGUUAUAUUGUUUCGAGUUCACGGAUGCUCUGGCGCAACACGGCUGCACUACCAAUAAAUGAAUCGUG